UAGAAUAAAAUACGAAACUUGACGGUUGUGCGCGUGCCAAAAUUAUCAUCCUAAAUUCGACAAAACAGUUACCUAUAUCUGUCAAAUGAGUUUGAUUAGAGGGAUUACUUCUAAAUUUUAAGACUGGACUUUUAAAUCCAAGAUUUUUAUGAUCCCAUAAAUUUUUAGCUAGGUAUUACAAAUGUUAAUUUAUAUUAUAUAAUGAACACACACACGGAGCCCUCAAAAACCAAGAGAAGGCUUGUAAUAUGCAUGGCUUCAGAUUUCUUCUAUCCCAACACUGGCGGCGUAGAGGAGCACAUAUACAACCUAUCGCAGUGUUUGAUCAAACGUGGGCAUAAAGUUAUCGUUGUAACUCAUUGCUAUGCUGAUCGUGUUGGAGUGCGAUACUUAACCGGAGGCUUGAAAGUUUAUUACCUACCAAUUAGAGUAUUCUAUCACCAAUGUGCCUUGCCAACUAUGAUAUGCAACAUUGGUAUUGUCCGAUACAUACUAAUACGAGAAUGUAUAGAAAUAGUUCAUGGUCAUUCUGCCUUUAGUGUUUUAGCACAUGAGGUGUCCAUGAUUGGCAAACUGAUGGGUUUAAAAACGGUGUUCACUGACCACAGCUUGUUUGGUUUUGCUGACAUGUCUGCAGUGUUAACAAACAAGUAUUUACAACUAUGUUUAUGCGAGUGUGAUGCAUGCAUUUGUGUGUCUCACACUGGCAAAGAAAACACGGUAUUACGAGCUAAAGUUCGGGCGCACAAAGUAUCUGUUAUACCAAAUGCUGUUGAUGCUUAUACAUUCACACCAGACCCAAGCCAAAGAGAUCCUAAUGUUGUCACAAUAGUUAUUAUAUCAAGAUUAGUUUAUAGGAAAGGUGUAGACUUAAUGGCUUCUGUGAUUGCUGAUAUGUGUCCACGAUACCCUAACCUCAGGUUUAUAAUAGGAGGGGAUGGGCCUAAAAUGUGGUUACUACAAGAAGUUAGGGAGCGGAAGGGCUUUCAACACUGCGUCACUUUGUUAGGUAGUUUAAAACAUUCUGAAGUUAGGAAUGUGUUAGUUAAAGGUGACAUAUUUUUGAACACCUCCUUAACUGAAGCAUAUUGUAUGGCCAUAGUAGAAGCUGCUUCUUGUGGGUUAAAAGUUGUUUCAACCAAAGUUGGAGGCAUACCUGAAGUACUGCCUGAGAGCAUGAUUUAUUUGACUGAACCUAAUGUACCUAGUAUAGUAGCUGGAAUAGAAUGUGCUAUAAAAGAUUUAAAAGAUGGCAAUAUUCUCUGUCCUUAUGAAUGUAAUAAGAUGGUAAGAAAAAUGUACAGCUGGAUGGAUAUAACACGACGAACAGAAAUAGUGUACCAUCGAAUUUUAUUAAAUAAAAACAAAGUAUUCGGUCAACAGUUAAAAAGCUAUCUAGAUUGCGGCAUAUGGCCAUUUCUCUUAGUGAUAAGUUUAAUGUAUUUGUUACUACAAUUAGUAGAGAAAUUAUACAAAAGGAAACACAUAGAUAUAGCGAGGGAUGUUAAAUUGUAGACAAUUUAUUAGUGUAAAACACACUAGUCAUAGGAAGUUUAUUAUGUUAUCACUGAAUAUAACACUAUAAUAGAACACACUGGGUUACUGUUGAAAGAUGAAUACAAAGUUGUUGUAUAUAAAUUUGAAAGUACUCAUUUUUUAGAAAAGUUAAACAUUUUUAAUACAUAGGUCAAUUGUUUUAUGAGGCUGAUUGAUAAAAUGUUAACUGGAGCAAAUUCUUUGACAUUAAACACACAAGAACACAAUGAGUAUUCAUUGUAACAUUAAUUAAUAAAUCUGCAUAGAAUUUUUAUCACAAUUAUUAUUUAAUGUACUUAACAUCCUAAAACCACCUGUGCGAGUUUGUAUGUUCUUUUAUGUGAGGCUGGCUGACAAAUCAAAAUGCAACUGCGAUUUUGGAAUGAUGUUUAUUUAAAUACUUAAAUAAAAAAUAUUCUAACCACAAUAUUAAAGCCAAUAUUGAUGAACAUUGUUAAAUAAUUUUUUUUAAUACAUAACAGUUAUUUGGACCCUGAUUCUUAUUAUUGUGGCAUUCUUUAUCCCAAAUUGUGACAAGAAUUGAGUCCUUUGGGAUCCAAAUUUACGCCAUAAGAAAGCAAUAAGAAGUUAAGAUAUACGCCAUGA